AAGUAAAAAAAAAAAAAACGAGAAAGAAAGAGAGGGAGGGAGAGAGAGAGAGAGGUCAGUAAUCCACGUGCACCUGGGAACUCGGCCCCUCUCUCUCUACAAACUCUGCACACCCAUUCAUCUUCGUUUCUUCAAUUUUUCAAUUCAACCUCAAGCAAUCUCUCUCUCUCUCUCUCAAAAGAAGAGAAAAAGAAGCUAAAAGCUGAAUCUUCGCCAUUAGAUGCCGUGAAUCACACACAGGAAAUCUCAAGAACCGAGAUUUUAAGUUUUACCUGGAAGGAAAAAAAAAAGGUUAGAGUUGAAGAGUGAAUAAAAAGACCGGAAACCAGAGGAGAUAGCUCUGAUUUGCUGCAAUGGUGGAGCUCAAGGACCAGGAAAUGGGUGAUGGGAUGCAAUGCAGCAACCAUCCUUACACCAAGAACCCAGGAGGGAUCUGUGCUUUUUGUCUCCAAGAAAAGCUCGGAAAGUUGGUUUCUUCCUCUUUCCCUCUCCCCAGACAGCUCUCUUCCUCCUCCUCGUGUUCUCCCUCCUUCAGAUCUGACAGCGUCGGAAGCAGUGCUUCCGCCGCCGGAUCUCUGUCUCUCUCUCUCUCAGUUGCCGUAAAAGCCUCGAGCAACGCCGGAAACGAAGGAUAUUAUUAUAGUGGAAACAACGGCAGGGUCUCGCACAAACUCCCGUUUCUGCUGGCGAAGAAGAAGAAAAUGAUGUCUUCUUCGUCUCCGUUGGCCAAUCGUACGGCUGAUAUCGCCUACAAGAGGAGCAAAUCCACGACGACGCCGAGGACGGUGUACGGACAGGAUUUUAGCCCGAGAAGACGAGGCGGGUUUUGGUCGUUUCUACAUCUGUACUCUUCUAAACACCAUAGCAGCAGCGGCAGCACAACGAACAGCAAGAAAGUUGAGAACAUUCACCAUUCAAGGGCAAGAUCAACAACCACCAGCUUCAACAACAGCAGCAGCAGCAGCAACCAGAGUGAGAAUGGACUGUCUAAAUCGGACAAGAACGAGGUGAGGACGAAUCAGGCAGAAUCAGGGUCGUCGUCUUCUUCGUCUUCUUCGAAGAGGGUAGGUGGAGGGAGUGGUAACAGAAACGGAAUUGAUGUGAUUGUGGAAGAAGAUGGGAGUCCUAAUGUCGUAGCUGCGGAAACACCAGCAAGUGUCAACAAUGGAGGUGGUAACUCCUCGUUUGAGAGGAAAGUGUCGAGGUCCAGAUCUAUAGGGUGUGGAAGCAGAAGCUUCUCUGGUGAUUUCUUUGAGAGAAUCUCAAAUGGGUUCGGCGAUUGUACCCUGAGAAGGGUCGAGUCACAGAGAGAAGGAGUCAACAAAGCAAAGGUCAACAGUAGUAGUAGUAGCAAUGGUGGUGGUGGUGGUGGUGCAGGGAUGAGAGACAUGGUGAGAUGUGGUGGGAUCUUUGGUGGGUUUAUGAUAAUGACCUCAUCAUCUUCAUCAUCCUCAUCCUCGUCAUGGGUAUCAUCAUCAUCAGCUGACCAUAACCUCCAUCCUCACAAUCAUAAUCAUCAUCAUCAUAAUUUGGUGCAUGGAAGGAACAGAAGCUGGGGAUGGGCUUUUGCAAGCCCCAUGAGAGCUUUCACCAGCACAAGCACCACUAAAGCUUCUUCUUCUUCUUCUGGUAAAGAUGGCAAAAGCGGCCGUACAAUUACAGACUCCACAAGCAAGAACACUACACCAAACUUGGAUGCAAUCCCUUCUUUGUUGGCCGUCAGAAGCUGAGAAGAAACCCAUCAAGACUCCUGAUCACUCUGCGAUGCAAAAUAAGUACUUUAAUCCUGAAAAGAAUACUUUAGUUUUCAAUCUUUUUUAUGUGUUUAAUUUUUAGGUGUUCUUUUGUUCUUGAACAUUGGAUGAUGAUCUUUUGAUUCCCGUUAGCAUGUAUUGCCACACUCUUUUCUUGUUCAUCUCUUUGCUUUUGACUA